GGUGACACUGACUGCCACUGAUAGGUGACACUGAAAGGCAGCUCAGAUGGGCACUGAUAUGUGGCAUUGAUGUACACUGGUAGGCACUGAUAUGUGGCAUUGAUGUGGCACUGGCAGGUGGCAUGGAUGAGCACUGACAGCUGACACUGAUGGACACUGACAGGUGGCACUGCUGGGGCUACACUGAUCAUCAGGGCACACUGAUCAUCAGUGCCCCGAUGAUCACUGUCAACAUGACAGCUUGUGAGGAGAGAAAUGCC